GUCUCCUCAUGGUUUCGGGUCAAUGUAAAGCGAUGCAGUUCUCCGUGCUUCAACCACUGCCUAUGGACGACGAAGAGCCAAAUAAUGUCGCGCAGCUGCCGAGAGACGCCACCAGGUCCGAGUGGGACGACGAAAAUGUCCAUGGAAAAGUGCGGCCCGGCUCGCCGUGGCAGGGCUGGCGCUCGCAGGUGACUGCCGGCCGCGAAACACCGCCAUCGCCCACGUCCUUCUUCGAGCCUCCGCCGCCGCUGCCCCGAGACCCAGAGUCUGGACUCGACGAUACCUACCGCAAGGACAUGGGCACGGCGGGGGCUGGAUUCGGUGCGCUGUGCGGACCGGGUGAAAGCUGUAGCAGUUCUCUUGGGCUCGCCUGCAUCCAGGCCGAACACGAAGAGUAUCGUUGCGGGUGCGGCCAGGAGACGCCCGUGUUCAUCAACGAAGGCGGUGUGAAGAAAUGUGUUCGAGCCAAGUCAAUGUACGAGUCGUGUGUGAGUCACCAGGAGUGCAGCUUCCGGAACCCCAACCUGCAGUGCGUCGACUUCCUGUGUUACUGCCCGCUGCCUUACGUUCUUACGGAAUCGCACAAGUGUCUCGAACCGUCCGGUCCGCACAACAACAUGAUGUUCGCCAUCGCUCCCACUGCUGUUCUGAUUGCCGUGCUUCUCUUGAUUGGCGGCGCUUACACCUACAGAAAAGUAUCCGGUGGCAGCGCUACUUGGUCGUCUGGCAGCAGCGUGGUUGGACUGCGCAGUGCCAGCGAGCGUCGCCAGUCGGAGUCCACGCGUCGCGUCUCGUCGGCCAUUCGGUUGGGCCGCAAGGCCGAGGCAAGCAGGCGCCUACGGCUUUCGCUCGACGAGCACGGCGCGGCGCUCAGAGACGCCAAGGCACCCCGGCACCCGCCGCGGUUCAUCAAGAGCAAGCCACGCCAACAGAGCAUACAGCGGACGCAGAAAUCGUCGUGCUCGCCAGACGUCAUCCGGGCCAAAACUACUAAGGAGGAGUCCACGCCCUCCUCGGAGUCAUCUGGCGCGUCCUCGUACCACGGCUCACCUCGCCAAACAGGGACGGCGACGUCCAAGACAACCGUCGUGCAUACAAUACUGCCCGUGCACGAAGAGGUGGCCGUGCACAUCAUCCGCAAGAGUCCGGCCUCGCCCUCCCAGGAGCUUUCCACCGAGGUUCCAUGGCUGAAACAGGCUCAAAAGGAGGCAGCCAGGCAACCAUCACCGACCCGUCUACUGCUUCCGCGGGACGACGCGCUAUGCAGAAUUCUCAACGAUGCCGAGGUAAAGGUCAGCGUCGAGAGGCACACCUCGACCGCCAGUGACGACAUCGAGAACACCGUACGUCCGUCACCAAGGUAUACGCGCGCCUAG